CCGGGACGCGCCUUCGCCCGCGUCGCCACGAUCGCGCCCCCCCGCCGCGCGAUGUCCGGCGUCGCCCAGGGCGCCCCCGCGUACGACGCCGCGAUGAUCCUCAAGGUCGUCGGCUGCGUCGUCGGCGUCGUGGGGUCGCUCCUCGUGUACGGCAUCCUCCAAGAGCGCAUCAUGACCAAGCCGUACGACGACGGCGGAUCGGAGGAGUCGUUCACGUUCUCCGUGUUCCUCGUCAUGAACAACCGGAUCGUGUCGAUGGCCGUCGCGGUCGCGACGUUGGCGUGGAUGCGCGGCGCCGUGCAGCCGGUCGCGCCGAUGUACAAGUACGCCGCGGUGAGCGCGUCCAACGUGGUGGCGACGACGUGCCAGUACGAGGCGCUCAAAUACGUCUCGUUUCCGGUGCAGACGCUCGGGAAGUGCGCCAAGAUGAUCCCCGUGAUGAUCUGGGGCUACGCGAUCAACGGCAAGUCGUACAAACUCCAGGACUACGCCAUCGCCGUCGGCGUCAUGCUCGGAUGCGCAGUCUUCGCGACGUACGGCCCGACGACGUCGAAGAAGCACGGCAAAACCGCCGCGGAGACGGGCGCGUACGGCGUCGCGCUCAUGCUCGGCUACCUCGGCUUCGACGGGUUCACGUCCACGUUUCAAGAUAAGCUGUUCAGAGGGUAUCAGAUGGAGACGUACAACCAGAUGCUGUGGGUCAACGCGUGCAGCGCGGCGGUGUCGUGCCUGUGGCUCUUCGGCGACGCGUCCAUGGGCGCCGCGAUCGCCUUCAUCCAGCGGCACCCCGCCGCGCUCGUGGACUGCUUCACGCUGUCGCUCGCGAGCACGUGCGGACAGCUGUGCAUCCUGUACACGAUUCGCGAAUUCGGCGCGUUGCUGUUCGCGACCAUCAUGACGACGCGGCAGUUUCUGUCCAUCCUGCUGUCGUGUCUCAUAUUCAUGCACCCGCUGACGUGGCAGCAGUGGCUCGGCACCGCGCUCGUGUUCGCGUCGCUGUACUACCAAGCGUUCAACAAGGGCGCGAGAGGGGGGAAGAGCGGCGAGGUUGGAGGAGGCGGCGGCGACGGCGGCGACGCGAAGGAUCCGCUCGCGAAGGAGAUGCACGCGGAGCAGCGGGAGCGGUUCGCGGGGUCGAACCGCGCGUGA